CAUAUGUAAAACAUUGCAUCCAGAUCACGUAUCAGUGUAGGGCAUAGCGUUUCACUACGCAAGAACAUUCUAGGUGGUUUGAGGAGCCAGUCCAAAUAUCGUGCGAAUUCAAAUGGUUGUAGUAAGGUACCAUCCAAUCCAUCAAGCACACAAGCCCAAUAUUCUCAAUCGACUUUUCGGGCAUGUCGGCAUACAUCGGGUAUCACCAACCGACCAAGAUAAGCCCGCCUCCUCCCGCCCUUGCAGGUGGUUCACUUCCCCUCUUCUCUUGUGAGAUAUGAGAAUUUUUCACGAGAAUCAACCCUCUGACAAAAAGUCUUGCUGAGGAUCACAGCACUCAGCAAUCUGGAAUUCUAUCAUCUCCUUUCCUGUUCCCUUUUUAACAUCGAGCAGUCAUUGUUUCGACUUUGAAGAUGUUCCAAAUCAUCCCCCGCCAUGUAAUAACCCGACGAGUGGUGCCCCUCACCGUGAGGGGAACAGCACCACGCCUCACUCCUCUCUAUCGCCAAACCCCCCUUCGUUACUACAGUGACAAGAAGGACUCUGACAAACUUAAUCAAGAGCCAAAGAAAGAGGCCACCGAUCCCAGCACCACCACUACCACCACCAAGCAAGACGACAUCCUCUCCCUCCGUCAAAAACUUCACAAAACCAACACCUGGCACGAAGCCGACCAACUCCGGAAACAGAUCCGAAAACAUGGGGAAGAGGUGACAGAAUCACCAACCACAUCAGCGACACCAGUGACACCAGCCACAUCAGCCACAUCAGCAACACCAGCGACACCAGCGACACCAGCGACACCAGCGACACCAGCAACCCCAGCAACCCCAGCACCAGCAACAUCAGCAACACUAGCAAAACCAGCAACACCAACGACACCAACAACACCAACAACACCACCAACCCCCGCCCAAGCCGUCAACCCCCCAAUCGACCUCCUCCUAAAACAACAGCUCUCCCUCCACCUAUCCCGCCUCAUCCAAGAAUCAACAGACCAAACCCUCCAAAAACUCGCCCCCCUCACCAACCCCACCACCACUCCAGGCAUCGUCAAUACCCUCAAAAGAAUCGAAAGAAGAGCCUGGGCCUGGAGGAUCUUCCUCCUCACUGCCGCCCUGGCCGGGACUGUAGUCCUAAUCCCCGAGCACGAAAGGGAGUACUACAUCUACCGCUUCAACGACGCGUGCGAAGAGGUGAAGGGGUGGUUUGACGAGGAGGUGAGAGAGGCCAGGAGGAAGAAGAGGGAGGAGCAAGAGCUGGAACAGGAGAGGGGUGUUAUCGAGGCGUUGACGAGGAGCGACAUCAAGGUUGAGGCUUGCCCUUCGCGACAUGAUCAGCGUCUGUCCAUCCUGUCAAAGUUCUUGUUUGUCCUGUUUUGGUGCUUUUGCUGGUCGGGGGGUUUUACCGGGUUGGUGCUCCCGGGGAGGGUGUUCAGGGGUGGGAAGGUUGAGUAA